AUGUCACUACUGAAUCGUUCUCGUUCACCAAUUGAUCCUUCCAAUUUCUUACGAGCACUGCAAAACAGAAUGCAUGCCCUUAACAAUAACGCGUUUUAUCACAAUCACCAACAAGAUGUGCCCGAGAUCCUUCAAGUUGUUUUUGAUGAAAUUAUUGGAUCUUCCCCUUUGGUUGACAAUCUACUGUCUGUAACUGUGACCACAACAACGUCAUGCAACUCCUGUUGUUUCUCCACUUCCAGGGAACAAAAGGAUUCAAUUUUAAUUUUACCAACGUGUAAGUCAAUAGCAGACUCUUUUAACAAAUUUUUACAACCUCAAGAACUUCAAGGUGACAACAAGUGGUUCUGCCCCCAGUGUUCAUUGCAUCAAGAGGCCACAAUUGAAACUCAGAUUUCUAAUUGCGGCGACUUCCUUGUUGUACAAUUGUUAAGAUACACAUCAGUAAAUGGGUCUUCUUUUAAAGACAACAAGUUAUUCAAUUGCUUGCCUAAAAAACAUCAUGUCAUAAAGGUAGCAUCUCACCCAAUUGACGAUGUGUCUUUCAACAACAAGUAUAACUUGGUUGCUACCAUUAACCACUCAGGUACAUUAAAAGCAGGUCAUUACUGGACCUUCAUUAAGGACCAACAAAACACCUGGUUCAAAUGCAACGAUCGCUGUAUUUCUCAAGUAGACACAUUCCACUUGAAUAAUUCUUCGUCAUACAUACUUUUCUUUUCCAGAAGUUAG